GAUUCGAAGAUGGCGCCCGUCGUGACGGGGAAGUUUAGUGAGCCACAUCUGCCCCGACGUUUAACGAGAGAGGCAAUGAGGACCUACUUAAAAGAGAAACAGGAUCAAACAGUGCUCAUACUACAUGCUAAAGUGGCACAAAAGUCUUACGGGAAUGAGAAAAGGUUUUUCUGUCCUCCACCAUGUGUGUAUCUGAUGGGAACGGGUUGGCAGAAGAAGGUGAAGGAGUUGGUGAAAGAUGGCUGCUCUGAGCAGGAGGCCCAGCCUUAUGUCUUUAUUGGGAUAGGCAGCAGUGAGCAGGACAUGCAACAACUUUUUCUGGAAGGAAAGAACUUCUGCACAGCUAAAACAUUGUAUAUCAGUGAUACAGACAAAAGAAAGCACUUCAUGCUGUCAGUGAAGAUGUUACAUGGAAACAGUGCGGAUAUUGGAGUUUUUCCAAGCAAGAGGAUCAAAGUCAUCUCCAAACCCUCCAAGAAGAAGCAGUCCCUUAAAAAUGCAGAUUUGUGCAUAGCUUCUGGGACUAAAGUAGCCUUGUUCAACCGCCUGCGUUCCCAAACAGUCAGCACCAGGUAUCUUCAUGUGGAGGGGGGUAACUUUCAUGCCAGCUCCCAGCAGUGGGGGGCCUUUUACAUUCACCUGUUGGAUGACGAUGAAUCUGAAGGAGAAGAAUUCACCGUUAAAGAUGGCUACAUUCACUACGGUCAGACGGUGAAAUUGGUCUGCUCUGUUACUGGCCUGGCUCUGCCCAGACUGAUCAUUCGCAAAGUGGACAAGCAAGCAGCUCUGUUGGAUGCAGAUGACCCUGUAUCUCAGCUUCACAAGUGUGCCUUCUACCUAAAAGAUACAGAGAAGAUGUAUCUCUGUCUCUCACAGGAGAGGAUCAUCCAGUACCAGGGUACUACCUGCCCCAAAGAUUCUCGCAAGGAGAAUAUUAACGACGGCGCAGCGUGGACUAUCAUUAGCACCGACAAAGCAGAGUACACAUUUUAUGAAGGCAUGGGUCCUGUCCCAACACCAGUUAGCCCUGUCCCUGUUGUGGAAAGUCUGCAGUUAAAUGGUGGAGGAGAUGUUGCCAUGUUGGAGGUGACAGGACAGAACUUCACCCCUAACCUCCGAGUAUGGUUUGGAGAUGUGGAGGCAGAAACCAUGUACAGGUGUGGGGAAAGCAUCCUCUGUGUGGUUCCAGAUAUCUCUGCCUUCAGGGAAGGUUGGCGCUGGGUUCUGCAGCCAGUUCAGGUUCCCGUCACUCUGGUCCGCAACGACGGGAUAAUCUAUCCCACUGGCCUGACCUUUACCUACACCCCCGAGCCGGGGCCUCGCCCUCACUGCAGUGCCACCGGGAUCAUUCUUCGAUCCAACGGCAAUGCUUCCUUAUCACCAGCAUCUUCCUCUUCACCGUCAUCCUCAGUGGGUGGACAUGGGGAUGGCCACGGAGCGAGCAACAGCAGUGAUUCAGGCAUAUUGGCACUGACGUAGUCAGCAAUUGUUUGUGGUUCUGCUCUGAAUGACUGUCAGGAAAGGAUGUGUAGAUUUCCCAAAGAGCUUUUCUUGGAACUGUUAAUCUGCACUGAAUUCCAGAAGCUCUAUAUUUUUAGGGCCACUGUGAAAACAAGGAGUACUUAAGAGCUGGAAAAGGACGCGUUCAUAGUAAAAGCUCUUAACUGACUUUGGCUUCAGCACCCUCUGGUGGAGAGUUAUGGACAUGAGCCCCACAGACUGCUAUUCCAGAUCCUCGUCUAAAAGACAGGGAUUGUGCCUUCUAACGCUAACAGCUGGAUUUGUUAAAAUGUGUUUUUUACUCCUUUGGGUUUCAAAGAUGUCUUCCUUCUGCUUUUUACCAUUCAAAUCUCACUUUUACUGAACAAUCUUUUUAACUAUUCUUAGAAAAGAAAGAUAUGUAAAGGUAACAUAGUUGUUACAGUCUAUAAAGACUUAUGUUAUUCAGAUUCUAUUUUAUAAACUCUUAAGGUACAUUUGACAUGUGUUUUUUGUAUGAUACAAUGUUUUUAAUUUUGUUACCAAAUAAUGUGCUGUCUGUUAUAAUUCCUUCUUCCUGUUUUCUCUCAAUGUGUCUGUUUCUUGUAUUUCUUUAACCAUCUUACUACAACUGAAGUCUCUUUACCGCACUGCUUAUUGCAUGUUUGCUGUCAAUAAUAAAUAUAACAAUUUUAUCUGGUAAAUAAUGAGCCUUUUGUGAUG